AUGCACGCAUGUGUUUAUGCGAAUGUCUGGCCUGGAUUUUUUUUGAGGGGUUUUCUUUUGCUCGCCUUAGUUCUUAAUCGCGUCUUUAUUAUUAUUAUUAUUAUUAUUAUUAUUAUUAUUAUUAUUAUUAUUAUUAUUAUUAUUUUUUGCGUGUGUACAAUUUCUCGUUUCACACUCUUUUUUCUAAUGAAUUUAUUAUUGUUAUUUAUAUACACAGUAAUAAUGUCUCGUCGAAAGCCCAAUCUGACGUUGUCCACUCCAGAGACUACGCUGCAAGUUUUGGAUAUGGGGUUGGACUUCCGUUCCUAUUUAUCGCGUGUAGACGAUAGUGGCAUACCUGUUCUUGGAAACGUCAUAUCAUAUGAGGCCAGCAAGAUACCCGAUGUUUUUGAGCCUACAGUGGGACUGCUUGUAACGAUUUUGCACAUGUAUACACAAAGCACUUCCACUGCCUCUGCUUUUGUUUGGCUCAAAACUUACGAAUCCAUUCAAAAGGUGUACUUAGAUCAUGUAGAUCAAGAAAAUAAUGAGACCGCAAGAUAUGCUACUGAGGCGCGUUUGGCUAUAUUGAGCCAUUUAUCAGGUGGUAUGGUGACUGACGGUAGUGGUCUUUACGAAAAACUACUACUUCUUCUUGAUCAACAAAGUGGUAUUCGUGGUGCACAGGCACCAUCUCAAAGAAAAGUUCCGCGAGAACCAAAGGGUGCGUUCUGUAACCUUCAUUUAGCAGAUCAAAAAUGUUAUCAGGAUUUUGCCUGCAAUCAGUUACAUCUUCAUGAAGCAGGCCCUGUCAGGCAUCGAAUAAAUUUUUUUAUGAGACUUAUUGAGGUUUUAAAGGCUGAAAAAAGAUCCAAGAUGCAAAUACUUCACCGAAUAAAGGAUUCUAUUUUUUUUGCCCGCUAUGGAAAUAAAGUAACAGUUCAAUGUCAUGGUAAGUGGAUCCCUUUUUUCAAGACUGUCUAUACGGAUGGAAGGCUUGAGCAGGCAUUUCGAAUGCAACAGUUUUCUUGUAACAAUAAUGGGUGUUCCGAUGAGCACUGUAAAGGGAUACACGCUCAGGAACGCCGUGUGGUCUCUUCGAGCAGGCAGGUGGAUCUUCAUAAUCCUCAGGCCCUAGCUAUCCAGGUCGAGGAUGAAGGACAACACCUUCUUUCAUUGGCUGGUGUCUACAAAAAUCAAGUAUCAGAACCACCUCCUUCACUUUCUCUUUCCUCUCCCAUGGUGACCAUUGCUUCCCCAACUUCUGAGCUUUGGAGAAGCACGGUUCGGGAAUAUGUUCGUCAAACAGGAAUACCGCAGCUACAGGCCGACGAAUCACUGCUUAGAACAUUACAAGAUGCAAAUGUUGUUGGAACACCUGCUGCUUCAACGGAGAGUUUAACACCUUUAUUGGAUGAACUCGAACUGCACGCAUUUAAUUCUAAUACAUCACCGCGGAAUGAGUCCUGA